ACCCACGAGAGCAAACACCAUCACGACAUCCUUGAUAUCAACUUUAGAGAGCCUUCGCUGCGUUUGUAUAAUAUCACUCCAUUGCUUAGGCACGUCAAACCCUCACCAAUAUGCGUAACAUCGCCUUCCUCAUGGGCCUCGCCAGCUUGACGUCGGCAUCACCACUGGCUGUCCGUCAAACAAGCUACCCCCAGAAAUCGACCUCGUCAGGCUUUACCCUCGUUGUUAAUGUGACGAAUCCGGCGGCCGACUUUUGCGAGUCCAUCAAUCACUACACGCUCUCCUCAAUCCACGUCGGUGCGGGCCAGGCACUUGCCGCCAUCUCGAGCGAGUCCACCCGCGUGUGGUAUGUCAACGGCACUCAACAAGAGAUUAGCGAGAGUAAGGGCACCGUUGUGACCGACGGCGGCACCCCGCCUUUCCCCAACGGCAUCGAUAUCGCGGAAGCCGAAGACUCUGUUUCAGCCGUGCGCGUUGAUGCCGGAGACGGCACAAAGGGUGUGCAGCUCACCAGCGGUUCUGAGCCGUACGCCUAUCUGACGGCUCCCAUCAUCGGCAGCUACAUCGUCUGCAAUGAAAGUGUGCCGUACUACCAGGGACGCAAGUUUCUCCUCUUGAAGCAUGCCGAGACGGAGGUCAACGAAGAAGGCGAGUCCGAGUCGAACAUCCCCGAGGACUGUGUCGCUAUCAGACUCGUACCUCAAUGUGCAAAGCUUGCGGAUUUGCCUGCGGGCGCCAUUGCGAGCCACGAGUUCGUCAAUGAAGUGGGCUGCUACGACGACGUUGCCUCCAUUGAUUGGAGCAAAUAGAGCCUAUGAGAACAGAUUUCAUCGACAAAAGGGCACCCGUGUGAGGUGUCGCCGGCUAGUGGUUGUCUUUAUCGGCCGUAAUCGAGGUGUAUUGUCAACAAGAGGCUUGCGUAAUGAUAAUAAUGACGUGGGAAGCAGAUUGGGAAGGCAACCUUGAGCAAGUCCAGGGGGAAGCAAUGCAAUAUUCGUUACAGAUCUGCCUAGUAGAAAGACACGGACGCAACACACACACGCAAUACAAUAAUCUCACUUGCGC